AGCCCCCGGCGCUGGCCUUCUGCAUCCACCGCUAGAAAUAAAUCGCAACGCACGCAGCUUAGCUGCAGCAAGCUAGAUCAUCUUGCUCGCGUUUGCAUCUCUCUUUGUUCAUAUCACGUAUCGUAUACGUAUAGUAGAACGACGAGAUGAAGCAAAAGAUCGUGAUCAAGGCGUGCAUGCCGUGCGACGGGUGCAGGGUGAAGGCGCUGGGGGUGGCGGCGAAGGCGGACGGGGUGAUCUCGAUGGCGAUCACCGGCGACGACAGGGACCGCCUCGAGGUCGUCGGCGACGGCGUCGACGUGACCUGCCUCGUCACCUGCCUCCGCAAGAAGGUGCGCUUCGCCGACGUCCUGCAGGUGGAGGAGGUCAAGGACAAGAAGCCGGAGGAGGAGAAGAAGAAGCCGGAGGAGGAGAAGAAGCCGCCGGAGUGCCCGUGCCAGGCCACGCUCCCCGUGCCGUGGUGCCCUCCUCCUCCGUGCUACUACCCGCCGCCGUCGAUGGUCUACUGCGAGGAGCAGCCGAGCCCCUGCUCCAUCAUGUGAUCAGUCACACAGUACAGAGAUCGAUCGAAUUUUUUGCAGUAAUAUCGUAUCUUCAUCGAUCAGCAAUCAAGUACAGCAGUACACACCGAUCGAGUGAAUUGAUGAACCAUAUAUAUCCAUGAAUUAAUAUCCAUAUAUGAGUGCAUGGAUGGCUGUACAAAAUAAAGUAUUAGUACUACUUUUGAAAAUGAUCGAACUACGACACUGGUGUGUGUACAUCUCAAUGCUGGUUUGCGUCCUCAUGAAGUUCGGAAACGGAUGUGAUUUUCUUUC